UUGGAAUUAAAUAUCCUCUGCAUUUGCUCUAGCUGUUCUUUUCAUGGACCUGUCUUUCGAAGCAUAUAUUAUAACCGGAGAGAGAGCUGCAAGAACAAGGAUCUGAACACAACAUAGAUCGCAUUAAUCCUUCAAUUCCGAUCUCAGACCCAUCAAACAUGUCUCAGCAACCUCAAGAACAGGCCUUGUGCACCAUUGAUCCUUAUCAGUUUCUUCAGAUUACCAAAAACCCAGAUGGCUCCAUCACUCGUCUCAUGUCUUUUCCGACAGCCGCCGCCACACCGGAUCCCGACUCUCCGUCGCCGGUUCUCUCCAAAGACAUUCUUCUUAACCCUAACAACGCCACCUUCCUCCGGCUGUACCUCCCUCGCAACGCAAUCUCUUCGUCGUCUUCUUCUUCAACCAAGUUGCCUCUCAUCGUCUACUUUCACGGCGGUGGCUUUAUUAUCCUUAGUGCUUCUUCCACUUUAAACCAUGACUUCUGUUCCGAAAUGGCAAACCACCUUUCGGCCGUCGUCGUCUCCGUCAAGUACCGUCUUGCUCCUGAAGCCCGGCUUCCGGCCGCCUAUGACGACGCAACGGAGGCCUUGCAGUGGUUGAAAGCCACCGACGAGAAAUGGAUACGUGAAUUUUCCGACGUCUCUAGCUGCUACCUCAUGGGCACAAGUGCGGGAGCCAACAUGGCUUACCACGUGGGACUACGUGUAGCAUCAGCCGUUGAUGAGUUUGGACCGUUGAAGAUGAAAGGGCUGAUAUUGCACCACCCAUUUUUUGGUGGGUCCCAGAGAACUGAGUCAGAGGUGAGGCUUGCCAAUAACCCCAUUUUGCCUCUCAGUGUGACUGAUCUGAUGUGGGAGCUCGCACUGCCUUUUGGUGCGGAUAGAGAUCACGAGUAUUGCAAUCCGCCGGUGGUGCAAGAUGCUGAUGUGAUCCAACGGAUUGGAUGGGAGGUUUUAGUGGCCGCAUGUGUCGGAGAUCCAAUGAUUGAUCGACAGGUGGAGAUAGGAGAGAAGUUGCGCAGCAGAGGAGUGAAGGUGGUCGAGCACGUUCGUGAAGGCUAUCAUUUCAUGGAACACAUGGAAUCAACCAAAGCUGGCCCACUCUUCAACAUCAUUAAAGAUUUCAUCUACGCUUCCUGAAUCGAAGAAAAUUUCUAUCAUCCAUUAAAUUUUUACUUUUAUUCAGCUUGCAUAAUCGGACGUUUCAAGUUGGUAAGGGGCCAAAAAAAGAAAACAAAACGAAACAAACAACAGCAACGAAGAAAGGUUCGCACAUUUCAAUGAUUUUGUCGUGUCGAAGUUGAGUUCACUAGCUAGCUCUUUGAUAAAAAAUUUAAAAAAAAAAAAACAACAACAUUAGUUGAAGACUUUCGGUUGAUUAUUUGUAUGUCCCAUAAAUAGCUAUCUGUGUAACAUAUUAUUAAAGUCUUGUAACUUUAUUAGAGUUGAGACUUAGAUCACAGACUGAGCCAUUCUUUAUAUGAAACAAAUGUAUUUGCUGCAUGUUGAGUGCUCAAAAAAGGA